AUGGCCUUUCUUCAGCCUGCUCUCAAGCUCCUUGGCCGAAAAUGGCACAUUGCGACCGACGAUUUACCGCUGCCGAGCUUAAUGGGGGCAAUUUGGCACAUUGGCGUCCUCAUCCUCAACAGCAUUAACCUAUCUUUUGUGGUGGAACAGCUGGACUCCUCCUGCCCCUACCGUGGCCGUUACAUUGCAUACUUGUCAUCGCAUCAGUUCUGCUUCGUAGUCAACAGCAUCUUGCACGUAUGGACAUUCUUCGAGAGCAGCAGAGGAUCCAUUUUUCAGGUCCACCGCCGUCGUCGAGUUGCGCCGCUGGUCCUCGCGAUCAUGCACUUCUACUGCCUCACUGUAGCCAGCAAUGUCUAUGGCACUCACCUCCUGCAAAUGCAGACUCAUACGCCACAAUGUCAAACGCUCCCGGGCCGACUCGAACUCAACCACUACGCCCUUCUAUCGACAAUUGUUGUCGCAACUUGGGUUUCUCUCUUCAUCGGAUUUCUGGCCAUCAUCGUUACUCUGAAUUUCUUCUCGACUUACCAAGCAGCCAGUAAUCGCUGGCUGUCAAGAUUGAAGCUGUAUCGCUUAGUGUUCUGUUGCUGGGGACCCUGCGGGGACCUGGCGGGAGGCAGUACGUCCCGCGGCGGCGGCGGCAAUGAUGAUGAUGAUCAUGCCGACGACGGCCGCAGUGGCAGCGGAAACUUAGCAGACGCUUCGUCUGGCAGGAGCAUGUCGCCCAUGGUGGUCAUUGCCAAUGCUUUAUCGCAUGUCUUUGGCGGGGUGGACAUGACCCUCACGGACUACGUCGCGGCCUUUACGCUGCUUGGUGUACGACACAGCCAAACCAAACCCGCGCUUACCUACGCCAAUGCGCCGCCACCGACGUGGCUGACGGCGGCGGCAGAGGACGGUUCCGGAGCGCCUUUGAGCGGCGGAGGUGUGGCGCCGUGGUCGCUAGGCGGCGUGCGGGGCCGUCCACCUGGGGAUAAUAUCCUGGAGGCUGUGAUGGAGCCGCCAAUGCCGGUGGAGGUGGAGGUAGCCCCCACCGGCGACCGGUUCAAGGAUGCGGGGUGCCGGGGCGGACAGCUACCAGUCACUUGUACGGCGAAAGCAGCAGCAGGGACGGAGGUGGCGGUGGCCGAGCACAUCACCCUGCAGGCUACCAUUGCCAGCACUACUACCGCAACCAUCGGCACCAUCACCACCAUUACCACCGCCACCACCACCACCUCUACCUCUACCAAAGGCAUCAUGACUGCAUUUCCUACCCACGCUGUCAACAACGCAAACGGUACUGCCAACGCGCCCACUACCGUACACACCACCAUUAUACCCACUACCUCCACUCCCUCCACCGCCUCUGAAUCCGCAACGUCUCGGGGGGUUUACGCCUUCGGGAACGCAUCUGGGACAGCAAGCCUAUCAACAACAGCAGCAGUAGCAGCAGCAGCAACAGCCACUCUAACACCAUCAGUGGCACCGCCCGCAGCAGCCAACGCUAUCAACGGCGCCGAUGCGUCCUCAGCACCCGGGCAGCGGCCUACUAAGGGGGAGGGCAGCACCGAUGGCAGCAGCCUAGCUGGCGUCAAGGAGGCGGUGGGGGCUGCUCCGGUGAUGGGCGGUCUGCAGGCUCUUGUUCCUCGCCCCGAGGGGGGCCAUGCCGCGGAGGAGGGGCAGCGGGAGGGGCAGCAGCGACAGCAGUCUGGGGCGGGGUUCCGAGGGCCCCAGCAGCAGCGGCGGUGGGAGUCGGAAGACCCCAACGUCCAGCCUAACGCUACCGAGGCGGUGAUGGAAGAGGCCCUCCACUAUAUGCGGUUCGCUACGGCGGUGUACGGCUGGAAGAUGUACCUGUGGAUGAACCGGCGGCGGGUCGCCAACUGCUGUCGGCUGUGUGUGGGUCGCGGCUGCGGUUGCUGCCGCCAGUCGAGUUACUUUAUCCGCGCUGUGGGACCCGACUACGGACCCUCUGAAGGCUGCUGUACGGCAGCCAAGCUGCUUGAGAGAGAGGCAAUUACCCAGCUUACGGGAGUGUCCGAUGACGACAUUCUGUACGUCUGUUACGACAACCGGGUUGGCGGGCUGCUGCCGUACUACAUCGCUCUGGACCGGCAACGGCGCUCCGUGGUGGUGGGGAUUCGGGGCUCUCUUUCUCUGAGUGAUGUGGUGACGGAUCUAUUGUGCGAGCCAGCGGAGUACGACGUGCCCGGGUUGCCAAGUACAGACGACUGCGGGCGGCGUGUGCUGUGGGCCCAUCGCGGCAUCCUGGAGUCCACCCGCGCCAUCCUGCGGGACAUGCGGGCACAGGGGGUGCUGCAGGCCGCCCUGUCGACGUGGCCGGAGGGGCCGGAGGGCCAGCAGGCUCUCCUGCAGCGGCUGCCCUCGGAGCGGGCCAGGGCGGUGGCGACGAGGCUCAAGGGGGCUGCUGCGGGCUUUAGAGUCGUAAUCACAGGUCGGCAUGUCACAGUUUGGGUGGCGGUGUGGCGGGGCUGUUGGGCUGCGGAGAUCACUCACGGCAUGUGCAUCUCCCUGGUCCACGCCAAGGACCUGAUUUCCCGACUGGGGGUCCGCUCCGUGGAGCGACUGGUGCAGGACUUGGUGACUGCCGGGGCUCAUUCGCGUGUCAGCAAGGUGGUCAUCAUGGGCCGCCUUAUUCUGAUGGGGCAGAGACCCCCCCUGGAGCAGCUCCUGCCUCCAGACACGGCACUGGACCCAGAGCUGCAGAGGGCGCUGGACGACUCGCUCAACCGCAGCCAUUCCAAUUACAACCGCGGCAGCCGUACCCCCGAGCUGGUGGCGGAGCAGUUUGCGGGUGCACGUGACUUUGUGCCGCCUGGCCACAUACUUUACAUGGAGCGCCACAAACCACUAGACCUGGAGGAGGCGCCGUGCUGCCGCUGCAAUUUGUGUACGCUGAACCUGAGGGCACAUAAUGCUCGCUACGUAUGCCGAUGGAUCCAGAUCCAGGAUUUGAUGGAGGUUGGCCUCGUUGUAUCGAGAUCCAUGUUUUCGGACCACCUGCCAGACCGCACCUUGAUCGCCAUGGAAACGGUAAGGACUGCGAGCGUGAUGCCGUUUUGUUCAUUUGAAGUGACGCACGGCUGGAGGCUCUUCAUCAAAUGCGUGGGGCCCCGGCUGGAUCUGCGGCUGGUGGCCGUAGUAGCACUAGCAGUAGCAGUUGCUGCUGCAGACGGAUCAGCGGGCGGGAGGAUGAGCCGCCCCAUGGCACUGGCAGCCCCAGCCGUCACAGUUGCUGUUGGUGCUGCUGCUGUGGUGACAGUGGUGGUGAUGGUGGUAAUGGUGGUGGUGCUGGUGGUAGUAGUGAUAAUGGUGAUGGUGGUGGGAGGCCUCCGGGAAGUCUCCUCACAACGGGAGCUUUGA